CGGACAUCGUUGUGUUCAGGAAAUCGUCCGAUUGCCGACCAUUAAGGUUUUUGGCCAAAUAUGGACAAUGGCGAAAAGAGUCCGAAAAGCGUCAAGCUUUCAAACGUUUCGUUGGAUCCGACCCUUCUACAGCGGCUAUGUCCUGGCUACGAGGAGUAACAUCUGCAGUACUGAGCAGUACUGCAAGAGGAGUGUUCUCUCAAAGACCUAAGCUACCGGCUCGAAUGCUCUCCAACGCUAUUUGGGAUACCAUAGACCGCACAGCAGGAACAGCUCAAAAACAGAACCCACCAACCCCAGAUGAAUUAUGGGCUGAACGGAGUCGGAGUGCAACUUUCAACCCUCCAGCUGAUCCGUACACGGGUAGAAGAGUAUUUGUGAACGGAGACUUGAGUGAGGCAUUUAGGAGGUUACAAACGCGUCUCAGACGGAAUCGUGUAAUGCAGGAAGUGUCGCGGCAAAGACGACAUGAAAAGAAGGGCGUAAAGCGGAGACGCUUAAGCAGUGAAAGGUGGAGAAGAAUGUUUGCCAACGAGGUGCGGAAGAAAGUGCAACUUGUUAGCACUAUACGUCGUCGUGGAGCAUACUAAGACAACAAUGCAUUCUCUUGUCCUUGCGAUCAGUGUCCCCGGUGUCUUCAUAUAUAUUUCUCUGGCGGAUUCUUUCCCCGCGGGACGUUGACCUGCAAAAUUACAUACCUUACCAACCUGUUUUUGGUAUUAUAAUGAUUCUUCUUUCAUCAAACAAAGGCCGAAGCCGACGUUCGGUGCGUGGCGAUUUGUGAAGUACCAAAUUCU